AUGAGUAGGUGGAGUCUCGGCUUGCAAAGUGUUGGGCUCAAGUGCCUUGGACGCAAAAAGGCAUGUUUUUCUAUCCAUAAGCUAGGUGGUUCAGUACUGUUUUACUCCACCGAUUCGAAAUUUCACUAUGUCUCUGACUACAAGUCAUUGAGCUCCAAGAUAGAUGCAGAAAUUUUGUCCAGAACACUGGGAAACGUACAGCCAAGUGAAGUGGUAGAUGCUAUACGGGCGUGCAGAGAUCUUUACCACUCCAUAAAUAACUACGACAAGUUUUGGGAAGACUCGACAAAUAUACAUAUCAGUGAGAAAAUCGUAGAGAUCUUGGAGAGUGACAAGGUUACCUUCGACGAAGAAACUUUGAAGGAAAUUCUUCUCUUACAGCUACCCACCACUACCAACAUAUCAAUAAUAGAGGCGUUUUAUAAGAAGAACCCCAAGGCAUACAUCCAUAAGGAGAUUGGGCUCAUUCCAUUAAGAUCAUCGCUCUUCAACGGGGACUUGCAGAACGCAUUGAAAGUCACCGAUUUGACCUGUGCCCACCCAAACUACAUAGCAUACAAGAACAGGGAAUUGAGAGUGGGUGUUGUGCAGUUGUUUACUACCACGAUUGGAUUGGGAGCAUUCUCGAACUUUGCAGUAUCGUACGGACUUCAAAUGGAAUACAUCCCGGCAGCUUGGGCUUCUAUGUCUUCGGUGUAUGUGAUGCUUGGUGCAUACAUAUUGAACUCGUCCUUCUUUGCUGCAGUGGUGAAGUUUGGUAGAGCGGUGGUUAGAGGCGGUGGGGACUACUUAACUUGGCAAAAGGGGACCUUUUACACUCAUUGGUGGAGGCAUGCUGACGAGAUGAUGAUGUGCUCUAAGAUCAUGGAAACCGACGUUGCCCUUAACGGAACUGGAAGCGCAUCGCAAGGGCUCAUCGAAGAGUUAUGUCGCACUGACGAGACAUUGACUAACGGAAGAACUUUACAACCUGGGUACACCAGAGAUGGUAAGAAAGUUAGACUUCUUGCUCCGAAGGACAAUUUGAACGAAUUGAUGUUGCAGGCGUACUGGAUGAGCGGUGGUGAAGGGUUUGAAUGGGUCGAAGCUGACCAAGACCCGGCAGAUAUAAUAUGGAGAGAUCACUUAAGUAAGUUUGAUAAACCGUUCAUCAGAGAGAGUGACGACAAGAAGAACUUAAAAUGGGCCGAUGAACUAAUUGAAAACUAA